AUGGAGUUUGGAGUUUCCCAGGAGGAGGAGUCAUCGAGCUGGUCUCUGGAGCAGCUGAGCUGGGAAUCCUCUGACCAAGGGCACGCAGCAGCCCAGGCAUGCAGAGAGGAGGAGCUGCUGGGCCAGAAGGCUGAGCUUGAGGGCCGACUGGCAGCCACAGAGUGGCUCCAACAAGACCUUUCCAGGCAGCUGGCAGAGACCAGGUCAGCAAAGGAGAGCCUGGAAUCCAGGCUGCUUGCUGCUCAGCAGCAGAUAGCUCAGCUGGAGAUGAGCAGGAAGCGUGUGGAGGCAGAGCUGCAAGCUGAGCUGCAGGAAGCUCGCAGUGAAGUCCAGGCAGCACAGAGGAGGCACAAGGAAGAGCUGCAAGGCCUCAAACAGGAAAUUAAUCUCCUCCUUGAGCAGAGGGAGGCUCUACAAAAGCAGGUGGCAGAGUUGACAUCUCAGCUGGCAGCCUCCCGAGAGUGCCAGGAAAAGACUGUGCAGAGAGCCCAGCAAGAUGUGAGGGAGGCCCAGGAAGAGUCCAGGCAGAAGCCCUCGGAGGUUGAGCAUGUCCAGAAGCUGCUGGAGGAGGCAGAACAUCAGAAGAAAGAGCUGCAAGCACAUCUGCAGGACUUGGAGAGGGAAUGGAUCCAUUGGGAAGAAGUGGCACAGCAGAAUUCAGAAUUGCAGGCUUCCGUCAAUGCCCUAGAGAGGGAAAAAGCCAGGCUGAUUCUGACUCUGGCGGAAAAGAACCUGUGUCUCAGAACCCUGGAAAAACAGAAGAUGGCACUGAACAAUCAUGUGUCUCAGUGUCAAUCUGCUCUUCAGAAGGCCAACCAGCUCUCUUCAAACCGCGCUGGACAACUGCGGGAGCUCAACACCCAGAUCCGGGCCCUGCAGGACGCAGUGCUGCAGAUGGAGGCUUCCCAGGCAACUCGAGAGAAGCAGCUGCUGAAGGAGCUGGAGGAGUCUCGAGCAGGAGAACGCUGCUUGAGGGACUCUGUGCAUGUGCUGGAGGCUGAGGUGUCUGAGCUGCGUGUGAAGCUGCAGAGCUCUGAUGACAAAGCUCUUGCCUUGGCCAUACAGUGUAAGGCUCUGGAGCUGAAGCUGAGGAAGACACAGACUGAGAGAGACAACCUCAGAGCCUGCAACAUGGAGCUGCAGAAGGAGUUGGAGGAAACUGAGCAAGGGUGGGUGCAGGCAGAAGCCAUGCACAUCUCUCGCCAAAUUCUCCUGGACAAAGAGGCCACAGAAAGGCAGGAAGAGGCUGUGACUCUUCGUCAGGAGGUGGCAUCUCUGAAGAGGAAAUUGGAAAUCCUGAAGAAGGAAAGGAAGGAUGUGCUGCAGGCUCUUGGAGCACAAGAGGAGCAGCUGUUUUGUGGCUCAGGGACCAGCCUGGACCCUAAGGAGCCAGUUGCAUCAGCAGAGGAGGAGAAGAGAGAGAGGCCUGAAUUAUCCACUGUGCCCUGGAGAAGUGGCGAGCAGGUGGAACCUGACAGGAGAAUCACAGAUUUUAGGAGACUCUUCCUCCCAGACUACUUCAUGUUCCCUGUACACAAGUCUACCCAUCAAAAUUGGUCGACUUUUGAAACAGAAGACUCCUCCAGUAGCUCAGGGGAGUAGCAGCCCUCGUGCUGAUGCACAGCCUGUGGAGAAGAGGGUCAGUGGCCCAAACGUGUGCUUUGGAAAGCAGAGCUGGGUUUCUAAAUGCUGUUGGAAGUCUCUCCAAUAGACCCGUGGUGGCUGAGGGGUGGAUGGAGGUGGGAAGGGUUUGCCAGCCUUGAACUGGACUUGUUGAUCUUCUGAGCUCUGUUGUGUCUGGGAGCCUGUUCCUUUCCCC